AUGGCGGAUCAGGCGGCGGCGGCGGGGCAGCCGCAGCCGCUGGGGUACCUCUGCGGCAUCUGCAGGGAGCUGGUGCCGGAGCUCCACCGCGGCGGCAGCUGCGCGCACGCCUUCUGCCGGGCGUGCCUGACGGGCCACGUCCGCGCCAAGAUCGAGACCGGCGGCGGCGGCGCCCCCGUGCGCUGCCUCUACUGCGACGGCAAGCUCGAGGCCGAGCUGUGCCGCGCCGUCCUGCCGGGCGACCUGUUCGAGCGCUGGUGCGCCGCGCUCUGCGAGUCCUUGUUCCUCGGGGCGCGGCGGGUCUACUGCCCUUUCCCCAACUGCUCGGAGAUGAUGGUGGCCGACGACGAAGAAGAAGAAGAAGGCUGCAAGAAGGGCGCCGGGGAGCGCGUGACGCCGUCGGAGUGCCAGGUGUGCAGGAGGCUGUUCUGUGCGGUGUGCUGCGUGCCGUGGCACGACGGCGUGGACUGCGACGCGUACAUGAAGCUCGGGAAGGGGGACAGUAGGAGAAAGGAGGACAUGGUGAUCCUGGAGAUGGCCGAGAAGAAGAAGUGGAGGAGGUGCCCCAAGUGCCAGUUCUUCGUGUCGAAAAUCGAUGGCUGCUUCCACAUUAUCUGCAGGUGUGACUAUGAGUUCUGUUAUGGAUGUGGCAUUGAGUGGGGGUCGUCAUGUACUUGUGAGGACGACAUUGACAACGAUGAUGAAGAUGAUUCUGAAAAUGAAGAUAGCGAUUACAAUGGUUUGUGAUCACUUAUUUGGUAGAAGUGAUAUGUGAGCUCCUGGCACUUCUUCUGUAGAUUCCAUUGCGGCUACGUGAUUAUUUUCAUGUAUUACUUGGUGCAAGCUU